AUGUUUAUUAUCUAUCUUCCAUUUUUGACUGAUACCGUAUUCCCAUCAACUGCUUUGUCACCAAUCGAUUGUUUCCAUCCAAAUGUCGACGGUCAAAAGCCCAAGACCAUUGGACUUUGGAUUAAUCUAAGAAAAAGCCCAAUUACCUCGGUAACUACUUCUACUACUUUGGUCUGUGGUGCUCCAUAUGUUCCAAUCUAUGACCCAUAUUCAUUGAUUUAA